GUUGCCAGGGCCGGGGUGUCUCCAUGACAACACUAGUAGAGGAGCGUGUGUGUGUAAAGCGCUGCAAAGGGGUAUGUACUUGAGCUGUGCUGGUCAAAAUUAAAUAUUACCGAGCUUUAUACCUUUUUACGUUUCUCCAUUUCGUUCAGCUGUUUAUCAGUCGUAGCGUUUUAAGUUUAAGGGUGCAGGAGUCGAGCUAGCAAGCUAACAUUAGCCCAGAGAUGCUAAAAACAAACGCGUCACAAUUACUCGAUACAAUUGUUUAUCUUCACACGAUCAGCUCAUCAGCUUAUUUUAUGUAACGUUAACGACGCAGUAAUGUUUUUUCCCAGAGUUUUUAUUUGUUUUGGUUGGUAGUCUUUUAAAUGUGUAGAAUUCUGCUUCAGUUCUGGUUCUGUUGCCCUUUGCACGACUUAUUUUUAACAACAACGAGUGUUUAUGUUGUAUAAAUCUGAAUGCUUUUAAAUGGAUUUAAGUUGUAAAAUGCUUUUACAGUAAUUGACAAUGUACUGUACACGACACGGGCUUUAACAAAGAUGUACAAAUGUACGUCUUAUACAAAUAUUGUAAAUGUAUAACAUUGUAUAUGUAAAAAAAAUAUUCAUGUGAUGGCAAAGAUGCAAUUUUUAGCAGCCAUUAAACUAGUCUUGAGUCUCGCAUGAUCCAUCAGAAAUCAUUUUAUAUAGUUAUUAAACAAGUCCCCCUUUUUACAACGUUUUCCUCUAUGAUUUUAAAGCUUUAAAAUGUCUUGUUUAUUUCUUGUUGGGAUGAAUAAUCUCUACAUUUAUGCCAAGACUAGUCGUUUCCUUUGUGUUCAUUUUGAUACAUUUACAUAUUUGAUGAGGACAAUAACCCACAUUUACUUCUGUUUGUGAACAAACUAAUGUGUUUUUCAUUCUCCUUGCCAAUGCUAAAAAUGGAAAAGAAAAGGAUGGCAGAAACCGUUGAUGGUAAAAAAGAGGAUGCCGACUACAAAAGAGUGCAAAGCUUUCCGCUCAUCCGGCACACAGAUAUGCCAGAGGAGAUGCGCGUGGAGACUAUGGAGCUUUGCGUCACAGCCUGCGAGAAAUUUGCCUCCAACAAUGAGAGUGCUGCCAAGAUGAUCAAGGAGUCCAUGGAUAAGAAGUUUGGCAGUUCGUGGCAUGUGGUGAUCGGUGAGGGGUUUGGGUUCGAGGUGAGCCAUGAAGUCAAGAACCUGCUCUACAUGUUCUUUGGAGGAAGUCUGGCCGUGUGCGUUUGGAAAUGCUCCUGAUGCUGUUUCCUGCCACACUAUAGCCACUGUGAGAUAUUUAUACCCACGGAUCUGUCCUAACUAUGCAGCCCUAUUCGACUUGAGAUGCGCGUGUGUUUGUGUGUGAAAUUGGAGCAGGAAAAAAGGAGAAUGUUUCUUGUGCACUUCUCCAGAGUACUCUUUUCCUGUCUUAUGUUUUAAAGGCUUACAUUUUAAGCCAUAAGCACAGAAUUUAAAGAGUUUGGUUAACUUUUCUGAACAUUUUUAUUGAACCUAUGGAGUUUAUUGCAACUGACUGCUGGUCCUAAUUAAGGGAAUGUUUUAUUUCUUUCUUCUUCCUGUGAUAUUUACUUUAACACAAUGGUCUUAUUGUGUGCAAUUCACUAUAGCACAUUAUUCCAAAGAAAACGUUUGCCUCUGUAAUCUUUCAUCUAAAUGUAUUUACUUGCCCAUACCUACUCUUAUUUAACGUAUUUAAUUUGGAAUCAAUCUUAUUUAAAAAUUCCUCCCUAUUAAUCAUCCAAUGCCAUUCUUUAAAAAUAUACAAUGGAUGAAUGAAUUCUGGUAUUCUACACCCACUUUAAUGGCCAGUCAGGUCCAAGUGGAUAAAAGUGCAGUCCUACCCACUUUUUUAACUAAUUAGUUUUUUUAAUUCAAAAAUUAACUGUAUUUUUAUUUAGAAUUUACAUGGUGUACAUUAUUCACAAAAAAAAAAAAAAAAAAUAUUCCCUUUUUAAUCCAUGAUCUUGCUCUUCAUUGGAGAUUGAGAGAGCUUUGCUUUUCUAUUGACUUAACAUGUGUGCUGUUGAAUGAUGUUUGCUAAUAUAUUAAUUCAAGGGAUAGUUCACCAAAUAAUCAAAAUUAUGUCAUUAAUAACUCACUCUCAUGUCGUUCCAAACCCGUGAGACUUCCGUUUAUCUUCGGAACACAGUUUAAGAUAUUUUAGAUUUAGUCCAAGAGCUCUCAGUCCCUCCAUUGAAACAUAGGUCCAGAAAGGUAAGAAAAACAUCAUCAAAGUAGUCCAUGUGACAUCAGAGGGUCUUUUUUGAAGCAUCAAAAAUACAUUGUGGUCCAAAAAUAGCAAAAACUACUUUGAAGAUGUUUUUCUUACCUUUCUGGACAUGGACAGUAGACCGUACCAGUCCCUCCAGAAAAACGCAGAUUUUUUUUGUAAUUGUUGUGGGCAAAAAUCCUUGAUUUUGCGGCACGUUUUCUUAAAAAAUGCGAUGGAAUAUGCAGGAUAUUUUUGCAAUUUAUGCGAUGAAAUUGCGUGAACUGGCAAAAAUUGCGGUUUGAUGAAAAAGAGAAAAAAAGGUGAUUCCCCCAACACCUUUUUCUCACUAGGCUACAACCUUAAUGUAAAGAGUAAUUUCUUAUUACUUCCUAUGAUAAGCGAGCAUACUAAAUCACAGAAUAUUUAAGUUGCAAUCUCUUACUGCAACGUAAAUUAUUUUACAUACUGCUAAUAUAAUUACAACUGUAAGUUUUUGGUACUGUUCUGUAACAAAAUGUGCAAUCUUACAACUGUAAAGUUGCAUCAACGUCUGAAUGAAACUACAAGUGUUAGUAGCCUAUAGUGAGAAGGGGCUGUUGGGGGAAUCACCUUUUUUUCUAUAUUUCAUCAAACCGCAGUUUUCGCCAGUUCUCGCAAUAUAAUUUGGCUCCACUGUCAUGUAACAAAUCGGGAAACUGCUUUGCGCGUUCUUUUGCGCUUAUUUUUGUUGGCAAAUGAGAAUGAUUUGCACGCUUCAAGUUGCACCUUGGUUUCACCCAGGCGGCAAGGAACUCGACCGGAAGUUGAAGUCGGGUGGGGGCUGCCAUCUUUUAGCAGAACUUCACUUGCGUUAGCAUUCCCAUUGACUCCCAUUCAUUUUGCUGUCACUUUGACAGCGAAUAACUUUACAUCUGAGGCGUUUAAAGACUCCGUUUGACCAUUAUUUAUUUCUAAAGAUACACGACAAUCAGUGGUGGAAUGUAACGAAGUAUUUGUACUUCGUUACUGUACUUAAGUAAAUUUUUACGUAUCUAUACUUUACUUAAGUAAAAAAAAUUAUGCAUACUUAUACUUUUACUCAAGUAGAUUUUUCAGCAAUUAUCUGUACUUUCUACUCCACUACAUUAUUAAAAUGCGUGUCGUUACAUCCUUCCGAAUCUUGCAUAAAAAUUUUUUUGGUCGACUGACGUUUUGGCGUUGCUGGCCAAUGCACGUUGAAACAGAUCGGAGAUCUGAUUGGCCAAAGAACUCACGCGCUCAGCACGUGUUUUGAAACAACACAAGCGGAACUGAUGUAAAUCGAAGAUAUUAUAAUAUUUGUUUGACGUAAGUUAGUAGUAACUGUUACCCUAACAGGGCAACUUCUUUAGCUGGUUAUUAGCACAGCAGGGACGAUAGCUUGCUAGUACGUUUCAUUUUUGGAGAUGAGCAAACUACUGCUAUAUCUGUUCAUACGUAGUUGGCUAAAAUAGCUGUUUGUUUUGACUCGAUGAAAAAAUGUUCAAACUAUUUAUACGGCGUCGGCUCCUAGCUUCUUUACCAUACAACAUUGGGUAUUUAUUUGACAUUCACAAGUAUAAGCAUGCAGGCAAAACUAUAUCUUGGUUUGAUUCGAUUGUGAACAAUUUUGAACUAUGACAGUGGUUUUUCGUCAAUAUCAUGAUAUUAUAUAUAUAUAUAUAUAUAUAUAUAUAUAUAUAUAUAUAUAUAUAUAUAUAUAUAUAUAUAUAUAUAUA